AUGGCUUCGGCAGACUCUGACGGCAGUCUGCGCGGACGCCUGGCUGCUGUGCUUCCCAAGGGCUAUAGAUUCGGCAUCCACCACGUCUCGACGCCUCCGACAAAGGUCGACGCGCUCUACUCUGCGCCUCCCGGCGAACGGCCUGAACGGACAUACUGCGAGAAGCACUUUCUCAGCGUCUCGAUUGACGUGCCAGACACAGUAGAGACUGCAUCAUCAUCAAGCGAAAACACGACAGAGCAGGCUCAGCGCAAGCCAGUCCUCGUUCUCGGCAUCGAAAUCUUCAUCUACACCACCGCCCGCUCCACCACCUUGUUCGUAUCCAAGGCGGACUCUACAGGAUUCCUAGACAGGUUACGGCUGCCAAAGGGCGCGCCCAGUCCGAUCCGACAAGUCUGCGCGACCUUCAUACGGUACCUGGUGGACAAGCGACGGCGCAAGGACGUGCAGUUCAUCGUGAGCCUGUUUGCGCGCGCGCAAGACCAGUAUCUGUUCCCCGGCAGCAUCGAAUACCCGGGGAAACAUGUCCUGGACGAUCGCGGCCUCGUCAAGUGGUGGUGCCGGGUGCUGGACCCCAUUGUCGAGUCACCACCGAGCGGCAGUCUCCCCCCAUGGCGCAACGCCAAGGGCUAUCUGCUUGUUCCCGGCCUCGACGCCUACGAGACUCGCGCAUUCGUCCCGCGCCGCGCCGGCGCUGCGUCCUGCUGGUCCUUGAGCCACCCGCUGGAGCGCAUCUCGCACUACUGCCGAGAGUUUGACUGGGUGCCGCCGCGGUGCCUGAUCCCCCGGUUCCCAGACGAUCCAAAGUCCCGGUUCCGCGACGAGCUGGACGAGGAGAUUACAAAGACCAAGGCGAUGAAGACCACGGGGAGCUGGAAGACUGUCAAGACGCUGGACAUGUUCUGGGAGAUGAUGGCCUUUCGGCAAGAGUGCUCGAGCGGGCGGUUGACGGGGUUCAUAUGGGUGGUGUUUGACGACUUGGAGGACGAGCCAAAGCAAGGCGGUAGUGACUCUGUAUCGGUAUCUAGUGCCUCAGUCGUGACCAAUGAUCCCGAGCAUGGGGGCCGGAAAACUAAAAAGAACAGCAACAAGAAGAAGAAGAAGUCGGCAAAGAUUAAGAGCAAGCUCAGAGGGCCCAUCAAGCCUCGCCAACCGCGCAUCAAGACAAAGCAGCGCAACUACCUCCUGGACCGGCCGGUAUCGACGGCGUACUACUACUGGCCGUCGCAGGGCCGAGGCGAGAGGAUCAUGGACGACGCCGACUACAAGCGCAUGCACGAGCUUCUGCUACGCUUGGACUUUGCCACGCUGGAAAAGGCCGCGGGGAGCACGCGUCGCUGGCUGAGCGAAGUC